AUGGCUCCUCCUAGCGUUUUGAUGGUUGGCACUGGUGAAUACACCACCGGCUUCGUCGGCGGUGGUGCAUCAGGCUCAGACAAGAAGGUCGGCGUGGUAGGGCUCAGUCUAUUUGACCUGCGCCGACGGGGCAAGGUGGGCGACCUGAGCAUGGUGGGCGUGUCAGGCAAGAAGUUCCCUGGCAUCCGCGACCACUUGCACCGUAAUAUCUCUCAAGUCUACAACAACCUCGAUACCUCGUUUACUUCGUUCCCCGCAGACGACCAGACCGACCCCGAUGCAUACAAGACCGCCAUUGAUGCCCUCCCCAAAGGAUCCGCCAUCACCAUUUUCACCCCUGACUCCACCCACUUUCCCAUUGCCCUGUACGCAAUUGAGCGCGGCAUCCACGUGCUCAUCACCAAGCCAGCAACCCAGCGACUAGGAGACCACCUCGCUCUGGUGGAGGCCGCGCGCAAGCACGGCGUCUUCGUCUUUGUUGAGCACCAUAAGCGUUUUGACCCUGCAUACUCUGAUGCGCGGGCUAAGGCAAAGACCCUCGGUGACUUCAACUACUUCUAUAGUUACAUGAGCCAGCCUAAGAGCCAGCUCGAGACCUUCAAGGCGUGGGCUGGUCGUGACUCCGAUAUUUCUUACUACCUCAACUCUCACCACAUCGAUAUCUGCGAGAGCAUGGUCCCAGAUUACAAGCCUGUGCGGGUCACAGCAACUGCAUCUCAGGGUACCGCCGCUGCGCUUGGAUGUGUCCCCGAGACCGAGGACACCAUUACACUCCUGGUCGAGUGGCGCCGUCGUGAUGACCCGGCGAAGAUCGCCACUGGUGUCUAUACUGCUAGCUGGACGGCACCUCUAAGCGCGGGUGUUCACUCCAACCAGUACUUCCACUAUAUGGCUGCCAACGGCGAAAUCCGCGUUAACCAGGCCAAGCGCGGCUAUGAAGUGACCGGCGAUGACCAGGGUCUAAUUCACUACAACCCAUUCUAUAUGCGUUACGCUCCCGAUGAAGAAGGAAACUUCAGCGGACAGACUGGAUACGGUUACAUCAGCUUCGAAAAGUUCAUCGACGCAGUGACAGCCGUGAACGAGGGCCGCGUCACCCUCGACCAGCUGGACGCGCGCCCACUGCCCACUCUGCGCAAUACAAUCGCCACAACGGCAAUCCUCGAUGCAGGACGCAAGUCACUGGAUGAGAGGCGACCUGUGGAGAUCGUCUCCGAGGGCGAGAAGUGGGAGCUAAAGAUGAUGCGCCGAAAAGAACUUUACACGAAUAUAACCCCCAUCCCCACCGUCCCCCGCCAACUAGCCCUCGACAUCCUCCACAGCCACAGCGAAAUAAUCACACUAAACCCCCUCGUCAUCUCACACCAGCCAGUCAAAGCGCCCCGCGAUGCGGUCGCCGACGAAUAUUACUCAACAUGGUACGAGAUCACCGAACGAGUACAAUACGUCCCAGGCCUCGGUAAGAUGGGCUCGGGCAAGAUAAGCUUCAAAGGCUGUUUCCACAAUGUUGAAUGGGGACUAGAAACGCACAUGUACGCGCCGAUGGGAAUAGACCUCAAAAGCAAAUGGCGCAUUACAGACCAGCCUUCAGAAAUAGGUACUCAAACGGGACUAUGUCUGCGUGAGGAUAUUGAGAUCGAAUGCAAUCGCACGCUGGUUUCUUUCGUUAAGACUCAGUUGAAGGCUGCUUCGAAGGUGUUGGUUGAUCGGUUGAUUAAGAAAGCUGAGCUUCUUGAUAAGGGGGUUUUGCAGGGGGUGAUGGAGGAUGGGAAAUUGUUGACGUAUAAUCCGGCUGAUCGGUCGAGUGGAAUUUUUAGGGGGGCGUCAGUUUUGUCAAGGAGGUCGGAUCAAAUGUCGUCGUCGUCUUGGGCGCCGAGGUCGCCGACGGAGUCAGUCCAGGGGACGGGGUAUGCGCCGGUGAAAUCUGAUAGUAAAACAUUUGCUGCGGAGUUGCCGGCGGACUUUUAUCAUCCGCGGCCUGGAGAUGAUACGCCAGAGUUGCCGGAUACUAGUCGAUAUUCGAAAUCAGGGUUGGAUAAGGGGUACGCUGAACUAUCUGCUAUGGAAAGAGACUUCAAAGCAGCGUAG